UCUGGCUCACCGUGUACAGCGCGCUGAUGGGCAUCACCAGGAUGGACACGAGCAGGAAGUUUCAUCUAUUCCUUCAUAACUCCUGUUAGGAAGCCUCAGGCUCUGAUUGGAUCAGACGUCAUGAAAGUAGGACCAUGGACAGCUCCCCAUCAGAAACAGGGCGAGCCGAGCUGCGUGGCUCCUCAUGAACGCCAAAGUCAGCGUGGCGGUGGUGAUAAUAAAAAACCGUCCCGCCGGGAUGAGCGGCAGAGAGUUCGCCGAGGCUCUGGCCUCCAGGCUCAGGGUGCAGGACAGAGGCUGGAAGGACAAAGCUGAGGCGCUGCAGCAGGAGGUGCUGAGGCUGCAACAGGAGAUGCUGAUCACCAGGGCGACGACGGACAUGAGGAUCACGGAGGUGGCAGAAAUAGACAACGCUGAUGACGACAUGUCGCAGGAUCUGUUUGGUCCAGGAAGUUCGGUUUACAGUGCAGAACUUCAGCCAGACGGGGAAUCGGAGACCCCUAAAGACCUGCUGACGGCCCCAGAGCUUCCCCCCCGUCUCCUGCCGUCUCCGUUUCCUCACGUCUGCUUCCUGCAGUCGCUGUGCGCCCUGCAUCGAGUGGAAGGAAACCGCAGAGGUCUGGAGGCUCUGUGGUUCAGCCCUGACGGGGACAUGGUCUCCGUGUUGGUGGACACUGUGUGCCAGCUCCUGGACCCCGUGGUGGCGGCCUGCAGAGACCCCCCAGCGCUUGGACCCCCCGACCUCGUGCUGCAGGCCUGCCAGGUGGCGGCCCGAGCCAUGGAGCUCUUCUGCUCCCAGAGGAUGCCAUCGGUGGAGUUGGUGAGACGAGUGGAGGAGGCGCUGAGGGAGCUGACGCAGAUGCUGCUUUACAGCCAUCAGCCCGGCCAGUUCCAGGCUGCUGAGAAGCUGAUGGAGUGUCUGAUGGCGCUGGGGAGCAGCAGCGUAUCAAAGUCCUUUCUGAUCCGUCACAUCCUCUCGGAGAUCAACGCUCUGGCUGAUCAGCUCUGGCAGGCCUCCCAGGUGCAGGGAAGCUCAGGGCUCGACCAGUUUCCCGUCCACCAGUACCAGAACUCCUGCCACCUGUUCUGGAUCUUGGAGAAGCUCCUGCAGAAGUCGGAGGUGGAUGGGUGCAGGUUGGAGGCGAUGUCGGAGCAGAUGGAUCUCCUGAGUCAGCUGGAGCAGCAUGUCUUCCUUCUGUCUGAGGAGUUUCCCUUGUUUUCCAUCUACAUGUGGAGGAUCGGAGGCCUUCUCACUGCUUCACACAGAUAAAAUGUUCCUGUUUCACCGC